UCAAAUGGUUUCGUUCUCCACCUCCACUCCCCACGCGCCUCCGCUCCCGACGACGUUUAACCGCCGGCCGACGGAGAGAAUAUUCACAGUACGAUGUAUCUCAAUCUCCCCACGCGAGCCGAACCACACAAUUUCUUCCGAUUAUAGCAACAAUACUUCCUCCUUGUCGAUUAGAGAUACGAGGCAAAGCAAAUGGCUGAUGAAUACAGAGAACGCGAAUGAGAGAGAUUCGAAGGAGGAUACGAACACGAAGAUCGCUUCGAGGAAAGCCAUAUCGAUAAUACUAAGAAGAGAAGCUACAAAGGCUAUAAUCGAGAAGAAGAAAGGCUCGAAGAAGCUUCUUCCAAGGACUGUUCUUGAGUCUCUUCACGAAAGAAUCACAGCUCUCCGAUGGGAAUCUGCACUUCAGGUGUUUGAACUAUUGCGUGAACAGCUAUGGUAUAAACCAAACGUUGGCAUCUAUGUAAAGCUUAUUGUGAUGCUUGGAAAAUGCAAACAGCCGGAAAAGGCUCAUGAGCUCUUUCAGGCAAUGAUUAAUGAAGGUUGUGUGGUGAAUCAUGAAGUGUAUACUGCGCUUUUAUCUGCGUAUAGUAGGAGCGGUCGCUUUGAUGAUGCGUUUACUCUUCUUGAACGUAUGAAAAGUAGUCAUAACUGUCAGCCGGACGUGCAUACCUAUUCCAUCCUCAUUAAGUCGUUUCUUCAGGUUUUUGCGUUUGAUAAGGUUCAGGAUUUGCUUUCUGAUAUGAGAAGACAGGGUAUUAGACCCAAUACAAUCACAUAUAAUACUCUCAUCGAUGCAUAUGGGAAAGCAAAAAUGUUUGUGGAGAUGGAAUCAACACUUAUCCAAAUGCUUGGGGAGGACGAUUGCAAGCCUGAUUCUUGGACCAUGAACUCUACUCUUAGAGCCUUUGGGGGAAAUGGACAAAUAGAAAUGAUGGAGAAUUGUUAUGAGAAGUUCCAGAGCUCUGGGAUUGAACCCAACAUCAGAACCUUCAAUAUCCUCCUUGAUUCAUAUGGAAAAUCAGGAAAUUAUAAGAAGAUGAGUGCUGUGAUGGAAUACAUGCAGAAGUAUCAGUUUUCAUGGACCAUAGUCACCUACAAUGUGGUUAUUGACGCGUUUGGGAGGGCAGGAGACUUAAAACAAAUGGAAUACUUAUUUAGACUAAUGCAAUCAGAGAGAAUUAAACCAAGCUGUGUUACACUAUGCUCUCUUGUUCGUGCCUAUGGGCGUGCUGGUAAAGCUGAUAAACUUGGGGGAGUCUUGCGUUUCAUUGAGAACUCAGACAUAAGGUUAGACCUCGUGUUCUUUAACUGUCUGGUUGAUGCCUAUGGGAGGAUGGAAAAGUUUGCAGAGAUGAAAGGUGUUCUCGAACUCAUGGAGAAGAAAGGAUUUAAACCUGAUAAGGUUACAUACAGGACAAUGGUUAAGGCUUAUAGAAUUAGUGGUAUGACUACCCAUGUAAAGGAACUUCAUGGUGUUGUUGACUCUGUUGGUGAAGCCCAAGUUGUGUUGAGGAAGCCGGAUUUUUAGCGGAGGAAUAUAGCUCAAUUUUCUGGUAUAUAUAUUUCUUGUAUCCAUAUCUUUGUUCUAAUGAUAGAAGGUAGUUAGUAUGAGAGUAAAUACAUUUUGAGUUGGCUUACAAAACUUUGUAACACAAACAAAAACAAAAUUUUGUAACGAAGUAUAUCUUUGUACU